GAGAUGGAGUGAAAGCCAGCACGGCCCGACGGGUCUGGGCCCAGGGCUCGGUGGUCUCGGCCAGGGGCUCUGUGGUCUCGGCCAGGGGUUGGGCCAGAACCUGGCCAGAACCUGGGCUCUGGACCCGCCAGGGGUGGGGACAGAGACGUCACAGGGAUGGUGGGAAACGCCGCUACGGGCGCCACGGCCGCGGCCACUGCCUCUACUACCUGGGGCAGACAGAGAGAGCUGCUGAUGCACCUCCUCCCAUGGUACACUGCUGCCGCACAGCCAGGUGCUACCCUGUCGAUGCGCUCCCUGGUGAAGGAGGAGCCUGAUUGGAGGACGGGGGUCAGCCCUGGGGAGAGGGGCGGGGUGGCGAGCGGUCCUCUGAGGCUGCGGAGGGGAAGCAGGUUCACCUGGAGGAAGGAGUGCCAGUCAAUCAUGGAGAGUUUCUUCAUGGAGAACCAGUACCCUGAUGAAGCGAAGAGAGAGGAGAUCGCUAACGCCUGCAACUCAGUCAUCCAGAAACCUGGAUGCAAGCUGUCCGAGUUUGAGCGUGUCACGGCUCUGAAAGUGUACAACUGGUUCGCCAACCGCCGGAAGGAGAUGAAGAGACGGGCUAAUAUAGAGGCAGCCAUCUUGGAGAGUCAUGGUAUUGAGGUUCCAAGCCCGAGCUGUCAAUCCAACGGGGAGGAGUUGGAACCACAGGACUUCACAGAGCAAGUGAAUCAACGAUUCGUAGAGCAGGAAGAGAUAUCUUCCAGGAAGGACCUUGAUCUGCAAGACACCUCCUCAUUGGCUGUCGUCGAGGUCCUUCCCUCCAAGCCCCACCCUCAGGUUCUGGAACAGAAAGCUGACGAAUCGAAGAGAGAGACAGUGGACGAGGAGUGACCAAUGGGAGAGCGUGAAUUUGAAUAUAUAACGGCAUAUUAAAAAAUAUAUAUAUUAAUAAUAGAUGCUCUGAAUGUCUUCAGGGGUUAUGACAAGUCAGUGCGUUAAUUAUUGAAAAGGGUGCUAUAGUUCUCGGUGCCUCUAGUGGUAGGGAGGCCACUGUGUCUAUACAGUAAUCAUGCUUUGUAGUAAUGUCAAUAUUUAUCUCUAUCUCUCCAUGUAGUGCAUUCCAAGACGGUCUUAAACGAAAGACGACUCCUUAUAGAGAAUAGGGGUCUAAGUGGUUAAAUCCUCUAGCAGCUCAACAGCCUUUUAACGUUUUCUUUGCUACUAUACUUUUUAAUUAUUUUUUUUUAUUUUUUAAAGGUUUUGACGAGUGGUUGCAAAAUAAUGGACUGGAAUGGGAACUGAAUGUUUUGAACCUGCAGGUCAGGUGUGUUUUGAUGAUGAGGUGAAGACGGGUGUGUAUGGUCGAGGCGAGUUGGAACUUUUGGUGUGACGAUAUGUGUUUCCGAUAAUAUCAGCCUUCUCUGCUAGCUUGAAUGUCUUUGACCCGAUCUUAGUAAACUUGUUAGACUUUGGGAUCAAUCAAUCAAGUAGUCCGGGUCAGUGUUGUUAAGAGUCCAACCCUGAGGGACAAAUGGAAUCUCAGGUAAACCCAAAGAUGGUGGAUGAUGGCGAAUCAUCACGUGUUUCCUCUCUCUCUCUCUCUCUCUCUCUCUAAUAAGCUUCGCUCAAAAGGAAUGUUUCAUAUAUGUUGACUGUUUCUACGACAACAACAAAAAAGCAUCUGUAUCUGUAUUCUGUCUUCAUCGUAAUGUCAGCAAGCCAAACGAACACGGCGUUUUCAUUCAUUACGCUUCCUUAUGGUCGUCUUUCCUCAACAA